AAUGUGAAAGAAAUCUUUUCGUGUUACGUAACAACGCACAGUUGGUCAAAAAGUUUCUCGCCAGUUGUUUGAUGUCUCAGCGGGACCUAGCUUCCUGGAGUGUAAUGUGUGGAGGAGAGAGUUCGUACUCUGGAACCGUCAUUCUUCUGAAGAGAGUUGCCACGAGAGAUCGGCUGGAGGUGUCAUUCAUGUCAGGAUGUUGCCACUUGCUAGAAGACACCAGCUCUAUGGAACGCUUUGAAAUACCGAAAGUUAUAGGAGAUUGGAAAGCUUAGUUCAAUCUGUAUAAAUCUCAUGUUUAUUUAUUACACAAAAACUGUGCUUACACAUAA